AUGGAACAGAUGACAGAUUUGAAAGCUGAGAACCUGAAAAAGGGUGCAGUGCAGGUGAACAGCGAUGACAUAGUGGACCUCAUACGACAGUCCAACAUACUCGGCAAGAUUGGUACAGGUUGUUGUCGCGGUGACCCUUUGACUAACAAGGGUAAGCGUAUCCAGCUGUUCAAGAUUCUCUGCCUCACCGUCAUCCCGAUCCUGGGGGUGUGGGGCUUCACCAUGCACUCGCUCACUGUCAGCGUGGAUACAAAGGGAGACAUAGAUACCGCAAAGACGUCUAUGGCAGUGGUGGUGAUGCUGGGCCAGCUGAUCCACCAUAUCCAGCGGGAGCGGGACAUGAGCGUCCUCUACCUGAGCGACCUGGGGCCGGGAACCAAGACGUUCCUCCUGGCAGAGUACAUGGCCACAGAUGACGCCCUGCAGAAACUCACCAUAUGGCCACGUGGACUACAGAGCAACCCGCGUGAGGAGUUCCGGUCCAAGGCGAACUUGAUGUCAUUCAUCACCCAGCAUCGGGCCUCGCUCAAUCCGAACAACGUGGACAUCUUUGAGGAGAUCAACUUCUACAGUUCCAUUACCAAGGAGUUCCUGGAAUGGUUGGUGGAGAACAUCAAGGGUUCCGGGUUCGGGUCUAUCUGGAAGACGCUGGUGGCGUACCAGAAGAUAACACGCUGUAAGGAGGACAUCGGCGUGGAGCGGGCAUACGGCGCCAUGUUCUACGCCACUGGGCACUUCGAGAAGUGGACCGACUAUGAGUUCUACAACGAGAAGAUCCACGACUUCAAGUACAACUAUAAAACAGCAGUCUUUUACUCGGACGCGGUUGUUCCACUGCAUAGGGAGGAGGUGGAAGAUAUUCAAAGCACGGGCCUCAAUAUCACAGAAAUCAUUUUCGAUUACCGCGAUGAGAUUCAAAACCACGUGCAGAAUGAGUCGUACAAGUCUAUCGAGAAGGCGAAGUGGUUUUUCGACAACAUAACCAUCUACUUGGACUCGCUGCUGCAGAUCCAGCUCAAGGUCGCCGCAAGGAUCUCGUCUGAGGUGGAGGUCGUCCUUUCAGAGGUCAUCAUCAAGACAGCGGUGUACGCGUUGAUGGUGGUGGUGGUGAUCGCGAUGUGCCCGGUGAUCAUGUUCGCAGCGAACGGACUAUCUACGGACAUCCAGCUGUACACGGUGACGCUGGUGGAGAAAACGAAGGAGCUCAAUGUCGAGAAAUACAAGACCGAGACGCUCCUCUACCAGAUGGUUCCCAAGUCCGUGGCCGAUAACCUUAAGAGCACCGGAUCGAUCGAGUCAGAAUUCUUUAAGUCGGUGACGAUAUUUUUCUCGGACAUCGCGGGCUUCCAUCGGAUUACUCUCACGGUGGCGCCCAUGGAGCUCGUGCGAAUCCUUAACAACCUGUACACCGCUAUGGAUAACGUCAUCGACAACUUUGACGUUUACAAGGUCGAGACCAUCAAUGACUCGUACAUGGUUGCGUCAGGUUUGCCUAACAAGAACGGGGACCGCCAUGCCCCGGAGAUCGCAAACCUGGCCAUGGACAUUCUGAAUAUGAUGAAGAACAAGACGUUUCCCUGCUCAAAACAGGUGAACGUCCGUCUCCGUAUUGGCAUCAACACGGGUUCGUGUAUGGCUGGGAUUGUGGGGAACAUCAUGCUACGGUACUGUUUGUUCGGUGACUCCAUCAACACCGCGUCCCGAAUGAAGACGCAUGGAUCACCAAACCGCAUCCAUAUAAGCGAGAGCACGCAACUCGUUUUAUCGAAGGUGGGCGGCUUUCGCAUGAAGUUCCGAGGCACGCUAAAUAUAAAGGGUAAAGGCUUGAUGAAGACAUACUGGAUCUACAACCGUUGGGAGGACGCUGAUGAAAUCAUCGAGGCGGAAAAGGAGGAGUUGAACAUCCCAGGGGAGUUGAUGAACUACUCGGACGUCCGCCUGUGCGGCGCCAACACCGCCACCUACAUAGACGCCGGCGACACGGGCGCAGUGUCUGAUCGACGACCUAUAUGGCGGGAAGAGGAUGUAUAUGUGGCUGGCUCCGGUGGGGACUACUAG